AUGGCUUCAGCCAGCUACAUCUCAUCUCUGCUGGGGCGCCUGCACAGUGGCAGCGAUCAUCAGGCACUGCAGGCUGCCAGGACGCUGCUUGACCUCUCUUGUGAUAGCGAUGACCACCUGGCAGCCAUCAUAGCGGGCGGCGACAUUCAAGCUCUGGUUCAGCUGAUCAGCAGUAGCGAUGCUAGUGACGAUUUGCUGGAGGCCGCAGCCUUGCUGCUGCGCAAACUUACUGUCGACAGUCCUGGGAACAACGCAACUUUCGCAAUGGCCGUUGGCAUCACAGGUCUGGUGCAGCACCUGCGUGUCAGCCGUAGCAGCGACAGGGUGCAGACGCAAGUAAUUGCGGCGCUUGCGAACCUCAUUCAAAACCCUGAGCUCGGGGUGGCCGCUACGGCUUCCGGCGUCAUCCCUCUGCUGGUGCAGCACCUGCGCAGUGGAUGCAGCGAGGACAUGCAGCUAGCUAUAGCCAUGUCGCUUGGGAGCAUUGCCACGUGCAGCAGUGCCGGCAGGGCAGCCAUCGGCGCGGCCGGAGCCAUCCCUCUGAUGGUGCAGCUCCUGCGCAGCAGCGGCAGCGAGGAGGUGCAGGUGGCAGCCGCCGGUGCGCUUGGCUGCCUCUCUUGGGACAGCCCCGAGAGCAGUGCGGCCAUUGCGGCCGCAGGUGCAAGGGUGUAA